AUGCGGCCAGCUGUUUUACUCCUCUCUUCUGUGGUUGUGGCUUCUGCGACACCGCAUGGAAUACAUCACUUCCACCGUCAUCGAGACAUCCAACUCACCCGAGGUGUCGACGAUGUCCUCGACGCGGUCAAGAACACGACCGAACAGGUCGGAGACAUGGUCUCUGAUGCUGUCGACUCAGUACUUGCUCGUGUAGAGUCUUGGGUCAUCCCCGUGACAUGCCCGUGGAAGAUUCCCUGGCCACUGCCAGACACUCCCCAGCCGACCGUCGACGACGUCGACAUCCCGCAGCUCUCCCUCUUCCAGCGGCCGGACUCCACCCCAGGUACGCUGACCAUUUACAACUUCUGCGACUACGACCUGUACUUUGAGCCGCACGUCGGCAACACAGUCGAGGAACUCGGCCACGUCCCCGCCGGCGAGAAGCUCGACCGGCCCUUCGAAGCCGCACCCGAGGGCUCGGGUGUCAACCUCAAAGUCUCCAAGAAGGAGGGCGACUUCUCCAAGCCCGUGCAGAUCGAAUAUGCAGUGUCAGCCGGGACAGUGUGGUACGACAUCAGCCUGAUCGACUGCCUCGGCCGCAGCGAAGACGGCCUGAGGAACGGCGACACUUCUGCUUGCGCUGGACAUGAGGCUGGACUCCAGAUGGGUCCUUCGAAGGACGCUUUGAGUUUCCAAUGCGGUGCUGGCGCUUGGUGCGAUGAUCAGGCGUAUUUGUACGAGGAGAAUCUUUGCAAGAAGAGCAAUCCGAAUUCGGCAUGCAGCUCAGAACACGGGAUGGCUGUCGAGUUUUGCGCGAGCAAUCGGAAAUGA